CCCCCGUUAACCAGCAGCUGUGUGUCAGUGCGCAGUAAGAAACCAGAGCCGCACAAUGAAGGGCCACGUUGUUUCGAUACUGCUCCUGUUCUCAACUCUGGAGUGUUCAGUGGGCAACAGAUUCUUUAUCUCCGCUCCAAGGAUUUUUCAUGUGGGAGUUAAGGAGAAAGUCUUUGUCCAGGUUGGGGAGGGUUAUCUUAACCGCAAAAUUACGCUCUACCUGGAGCACGAGAAUACUAACACCCUUAUGUCCCAGAAGAAAGACACUCUGUGUGACGUAGAAGGGCAGACGCGGACAGUAGAGCUCAUGGUAACACGGGAGGAUUGGUUAAGAUUAUUGACUGAACAAAAACCUAAGCAUCACUACUUGAAUCUAGUGGCUGAGAAUGGUGACACUGGUGUCAGAAAGGUAACAAGGGUUAUGGUGUCACAACACAGGGGCUAUAUCUUCAUUCAGACUGAUCAGCCGGUCUACAACCCAACACAGAAAGUGAGUUACAGAAUAUUCACUCUGGACCACGCAAUGAGGCCUCAUGAAGAACGGUUCCACCUGUCAGUGUUUAAUGCUGAUGGAAACAGAAUAAUGGAUACCAUGUGGACUGCCAAGGGAGGAAUAUUGAGACGCACAUUCCCCUUACCGAGUGUCGCCAAAAUGGGCACAUGGAAGAUAAAGGCAUACUAUGAAGGUGACGAAGCAAAUGCUGCUACCCGCGAGUUCAAAAUUCAGAAAUUUGUUUUACCAAGUUUUGACGUGAACAUCGGAAUGGAGCAGAGAUAUAUUUUGCUGGAUGCAGAACGCCUUAACUUCACCAUCUCAGCAAUGUAUACAUAUGGAGAGAGAGUUAAAGGGGCUUACCACUGCCAGUUUGGAGUUGCAAAGAAGGGUACACAGAAACCUGUUUUUAUCAGGGGACUGGAGCUGACUGGUUCGGUCCAGGAUGGAAUGGCAAGCGUUUCUCUUCAGUUAGAAACCAUAAGUUCAAAACUCCAAGAACAGCUGAAUCAAACCCUCUCUGACAUGCAGGAAAGCGGGUUACAGCUCUACUUGGGAGUAUUUGUUACCAACAUACAAAGUGGUGAAGUACAAGAGGCAGAAGUUUACCUUCCUGUCAUCUCCCACGAGUACACCAUGGAUCUCUCUCGAACUCGCUCUCAUUUUGUCCCUGGCUACCCACUAGAUGUGGUGGUGCUGAUGCGUCGUGCAGAUGGCUCCCCAGCAGCUGGUGUCCAAGUUGAUGUACGAGUAUCUUCACUGUCUCAGACAGGCAUCACUGAUGAAGACGGGGCAGUUUAUCCUACCUUUAAUAUUCAAGAUGAAUCUACGAUUACAGUUACUGUGUCUGCAAAUGGCCUGGAAAAGAGCAAAAUAAUUACACGUGCUUCAUCUCCAAGAAACGCGUACCUUUACAUGAGAUUUACCAACAAGGUGUACUCUGUGAAUGAUUUCUUAUCCAUAACAUACUACACCAUCAAGGCCCAAGCACCGGUUAUAUAUUACAUGGUCCUGAGCCGUGGGAUCAUAAUAAGAAGCGGUUCUCUCACACUUGGUACAUCAGUUCAAAACAAGAUCCAGAUAACCCCAGAUAUGGUUCCAUCUUUCCGUGUGAUUGCCUACUAUCACCAUAAUGGCGAGAUCAUAGCUGACUCAGUGUGGGUAGAUGUCAAGGAUGAAUGUGAGAUAGAGGUCGAGGUAAAACAAAAAGGAUCGUUUCGUCCUGGACAAAGGUCUCAGCUAGAAUUCAACCUACAUGGUCAGAAAGCCAAAGUAGCUUUGCUGGCCGUGGAUAAGGCCUUCUACGCUCUCAAUGCUGACAAUAAACUCACAGCCAAACAGGUGUUUUCAACUAUGAAGUCAUACGACCUUGGCUGUACAUAUGGUGGCGGAUCUAAUCCAACAUCAGUGAUACUAGAUGCCGGCUUGUCUUUUGCAUCUCAAGCCAAGUCGGAUGCAAUCAUGGCUUUUCACUGUAAUUCUGCACGACAAAGACGCUCAGUGGAUCUUCAGCAGAAAUUAAUGACCUUAAAAUCCGAGUUGCCUGAUCCAGAGCUGCAGUCCUGUUGUGCUAAUGGGUUUUCUCUCAUUCCCAUGAGACGAACAUGUCAGGAGAGAGUGAAGAGGGUCGAGCUGGUGAAAAAAAAUAGGGAUUGUGCUGCCGCCUUUCUAAAAUGCUGCCGUGAAGCAGAGCGGCUGAGACAAAGACAGAUGCUUACAGAAGGACUUGGCAGGACUGCAACUGUUGCUGACAUUGAGGAGUUCUUCUUGGAUAUUACUGAACAGACAGUUCGACGAUAUUUUCCCCCAAGCUUUGAUUUCAAAGAAUUUGAUGUGACAAGUAACAAAAUAUAUAAUUUUGAUUUGGAUCUACCUGAUUCUAUCACCACGUGGGAAAUUCAGAUCGUCACUUUAUCUGCAGCCAGUGGUUUCUGUGUAGUUAAGCCAACUGAGGUGCGGGCUUUUAAGGACUCAUUUGUGUCUCUGAGACUUCCUUACUCAGUGAGAAGAUAUGAGCAACUAUCUAUUUCUCCUGUUAUCUACAACUAUGGUGAAGAUGAACUCCAGGUCGCAGUGCAUAUGCAACAAACUCAAGGACUUUGCUCUCCUGGUUCCGCCACCGCUGCAUCAUUUGUUAAUAUUACCGUGGGGCCACACUCUUCUCAGUUUGUCUCGUUCUCUGCUGUUCCCAUGGUAACCGGCCCAAUACCAAUCAUAAUACGCCUCUAUGAUAUGGAGGAAGAGAUGGGAAUAGAUGCAAUUGAAAAAAAUUUGAAUGUGCAGACGGAAGGGUUAGAGCAGCGGGAAGAACAAACCCAAGUGUUUAAAUUAGAUGGGAAGAGCACAAAGACUACAACUAUUGAUGGAUCUUUACCAGACAACACAAUCCCUGAUUCCGGCUCCAAUAUAUUUGUUUCAGUGGAAGGGGAUGGAUUUAGCCAUUCAUAUGUGAAGAACCUUCUUUCUCCUAAGACAGUUGCUCAGCUGAUUGUACUACCAAAAGGAUGUUUAGAACAGACAAUGAUACGAUUGGUCCCUACAGUUCUUGCCCUCCGCUACCUUGACCUGAGCGAACAAUGGUAUGAGUUGCCUGCUGGUACCAGAGAUGAUGCUCUUGAUAAAAUUGAGUUUGGUUAUACGUGGGUUUUACAAUACAAAAGAGCAGACACUGGAGGUUAUGGACCAUGGUAUUCAGUGCCAUCCAGUAACUGGGCGACUGCCCUUGUAGUCAAAGUGCUAUCAAUGCUGGCACAGCGGCAAACAGCGGCUGUAGGAGAGCAGGGCCGCAAGGGUAAAAUUGUAUCAGAAGCAGAGAUCAGGCAACCAGUCACUCACUUGCUCUCAGUACAGAAGACGGAUGGGUCGUUCACUGACCCAAAUCCUGUGUUACACAGAGGAGUCCUGAAAGACAGAAACCAAGAUGCAGCCAUGACUGCUUUCAUAACUCUUGCACUGAACCGGUCCCUACAAUUCCUGACACCUGACAUGCGAAGUGAAGCGGAAUCAAGCAUAUCAAGAUCAACAGCAUAUCUCGUGUCACAUCUGGAGGAGCUUCAGCAUCCUUAUGCUAUGGCCAUUACAACCUAUUGUCUUGCAGCUUGCAUGCCAAAUGGAACUGAACAUAAAAGUGCAUGGAGCAAACUUCAGGCAAUGGCUACUAAAGCGGAGAACGGUUGUUAUUUGUGGACAACUGAUAAGAGUCCAGCGAAUCAAAGGAAGGCAGAUGGGAUCACAGUGGAGACGACAGCCUAUGCCCUCCUAGCUGCAGUGGAACUCGAACUUACACAUUGGGCAGACAACACAGCCUGCUGGUUAACUACCCAGGAAAACUAUUUUGGAGGUUACAAAUCAUCACAGGAUACCAUCAUGGCACUGGAAGCCCUCUCAGAGUAUGAGCUGAAGAAGCCUGUCGAUCCUGAAACAAACUUAAUAGCGGAGUUUUCAGUCCCAGGAAAGGCAAACGUUGUAACACUUAAACUGGCAAAUGGAAAGGAGAAGGUGGAAACAGACCUGCAGAAAUUUGCAGGGAACAAAAUUAAUGUGGAGCUGAGCGGAAAGGGUGGCACCAAGAUUAAAACUGUAAAGGCUUACCACAUACUGGAGCCCAAGGAUGACUGUGAUGAACUGUCUAUCCGUGUCACCGUCACGGGCAAAGUGAAGUACACUGCUCAGAUCACAGAAGAUUAUUCAUACUAUGACUAUGACGCCGCCGAAGUAAAAGAGGCACGAGUGCCGCGGUCAGCUAUAGAGUGGUUUGAUGCUCGCACCCGAAACAGGAGAGAUGUUGGCAACGACCCAAAUACAGAAGAUGUUACUUAUACCAUCUGUGUCAGUCACAGCCUCGGUAGCAACCUUACAGGAAUGGCCAUUGCUGACAUUACGUUACUUAGUGGAUUUGAUGCCAGCCAAGAAGACUUGGACGUGCUGAAACAGGAACCUGAACAAUACAUUUCCCAUUUCGAGGUCUCCCACGGAAGAGUGCUGAUCUACUUCAAUGAGCUCUUUGAGCAUGAGGAAUGUAUUAGUUUUGAUGCCAUACAAAGGGUGCCGAUUGGUCUCCUACAGCCUGCUCCAGCCGUGUUCUACGAUUAUUACGAGCCAAGCAGAAAGUGCACUGUGUUCUACUCUGCCCCACAAAGAAGCAAGAUGGUCUCCAAGCUGUGCUCUGAGGACGUGUGCCAGUGUGCAGAAAGGCCCUGUCAUAAACUACAAGAAACUUUCAAAACGCAUAGAAAUCGCAGGAUCACGAAGCAGACCCGUAUGCAACAUGCUUGUUUCUCCCCUACAGUAGAUUACGCAUACCUUGUUGAAGUCAUCAGUGUUACUGUGAAGAGUAACUUUGAGCUGUACACAACGAACGUAACUGAAGUACUCAGAUCCCAUGGAGAUUUGCAUGUGGCAGACAAUUCUAUUCGAGUGUUUGCCAAGAGGUUUCACUGCAAGGGGCAGUUAGAGGUGGGAGAACUGUAUCUCAUCAUGGGCAAAGACGGCGCCACAACUGAUUCAGAUACAAAGAUGCAGUAUCUGCUGGAAUCAAACACCUGGGUCGAGAAAAAGCCCUCUGCUGACGACUGUAAAAAAUCUGCCCACAGAGUUCCUUGUGCUGGGUUUAAUGAAUUUACAGCUACGUACAAGGUGGAUGGCUGCAGGCAGUGAACAAAUCGGUUUGGUUGAGCUUUUAUUUCUAGUUUAGAUCCACUGCCUGCAUGAGGUUGAUGUUUGAGAUAUUUUAGAUCUAUAUUAUAGCAGCAGGUACUGGGCACAUACAAAAACAUAAAGCAAAACACAAGAGCAUCUAACCAUAAGACACUACUAGGCUAACAACAAAUGAGUGACUGCUUCAGCUUUCCUCCACCACUCAUGUCAAAUGUUACAACUUAAAUGUAACCGCUCAUUAACUUUAUGUUCAUUACAGUGAUUCAGUUAAAAUAAACACUUCUUAAUAUUGUGUACCAAA